GGCUGAAGUCGAGGGGUCUUUAAAGGAGUUAACGAGUAAGCCAAUAGUUAAUCUUCUCCCGCUGUGACAAAAAUAAAGCAAAAGUAAUAAAGUUGGAGACCAAGCGCCAGAGCCGCAGCCUUCCCUAGUGCAAAGACAGAGGGAAGGAAACGGGUUUUGAGCCGCUAUGGAUCCUGCAAGUUUUUCCAGGAAGCUGUGGAGCGCGCGCAAACAGCUCAUCCUGAUGCUCGCCCCGCUACUGCUGCUCCCGCUUCUCCUCGUUCCGCCACCAAAGGAGACGGCAAAUGUUUGUAUGUGGUGCUGCUGAUGGCGGUGUACUGGUGUACCGAAGCACUCCCGUUGGCAGUGACUGCCAUGCUUCCUGUGUGCCUCUUCCCCACCAUGGGAAUCCUGCCUUCUAAGAAGGUCUGUGUGCAGUACUUCCUUGAGACUAACUUCUUGUUCCUGAGUGGUUUAGUUAUGGCGUCUGCUAUAGAGGAGUGGGGUCUCCAUCGCCGCGUAGCCCUCAGGCUGAAGAUCGUCGGAGUGAAACCUGCCUGGCUGAUUUUAGGCAUGAUGAUCACUUCCUCUUUCUUGUCAAUGUGGUUGAGUAAUACAGCCACAACAGCCAUGAUGCUACCCAUUGCUAAUGCCAUACUGGAAAGCCUUUUUGGGAAUGUGGAAACUCUAAAAGAGAACUGCAAGGACAAGAGUGAUCCAGAGGGUGAUUCUCAGGUGAAGAUGCAUGUGCUGCAUUUUGAAAAACAGAUGCUGGCCACAGAGGACAGACCGGACUGGACAGAUAGAUCAGAGCAAAAGAAUCUGGAAGAAGCCAGAAGAGAGGCUCAAUACCAGAUGAAGGUGUGGAAAGGAUUUCUGAUUUGUAUACCUUAUUCUGCAAGCAUCGGAGGAACUGCAACCCUCACUGGCACUGCCCCUAAUCUGAUCUUGGUGGGUCAGCUAAAGAGCUACUUCCCUGAAUGUGACCUCAUAAACUUUGGGUCAUGGUUUGUCUUCGCCUUUCCGCUCAUGCUUCUCUUCCUCAUUCUGGGAUGGAUCUGGAUUGCUUUCCUCUAUGGUGGACUCAAUACACGGCUUUGUAUUAGCAAACAUGAUGAACGGGAAGCCACAGAAGCAAAAGCAACAGCAGUUAUUGAUGAAGACUACAAGAAACUGGGCCCAAUAAAAUUUGCAGAAGUAUCUAUCGCUUUCUUCUUCAUACUUUUUGCCGUCCUUCUGUUCACACGAGAUCCAAAGUUUAUAACAGGAUGGUCGACUUUCUUCAACAAAGGCUACGUUUCUGAUGCAGUAACUGGAGUCAUCAUCAUCUCCAUCCUCUUUUUCUUUCCAUCCCAGCGUCCUUCUCUCCACUGGUGGUUCGAUUCAAGAGCCUCAAAUACACCAUAUGUGCCCCUGUUGUCAUGGAGAAAAGCUCAAGAGUGCGUGCCGUGGAAUAUUAUUUUACUGCUGGGUGGUGGAUUUGCAAUGGCCAAAGGCUGUGAGGAGUCAGGGUUAGCAGUAUGGAUAGGAAAGCACCUGCAGCCUCUCACCCAGGUCCCUCCUUCUGUCGCAGUUAUCCUCAUCACAGCCUUCAUCGCCUGCUUCACUGAAAUCGCCAGUAACAUGGCCACCAUCAUUAUCUUCCUCCCUGUCAUCGCUGAACUGGCCAUCCAUGUGAAAGUCAACCCACUGUACUUCAUGAUCCCAGCAACAACUGGUUGCUCUUACGCUUUCAUGCUUCCUGUGUCCACACCUCCAAACUCAAUUGCCUUUGCCUCCGGACACCUGAUGGUCAAAGAUAUGGUGAAAACGGGGUUUGUGAUGAACAUCCUGGGAAUUCUUUGUGUGUCUCUGGCCAUGAACACAUGGGGUCUUCAUAUGUUCAAUCUGCACACAUACCCCGAUUGGGCGAGACCUUUAAAUGCUUCCUCAGCAUCUGUGGCUACAUAUACUAUAGCAACUAUGAAUAUGACAGGCUAGAAAACAACUACAGAGACGAAUAUGGACUCCUAUUCAAUCCAGAUUCUGUAAAUACUGUAGAUAUAAGACUAAAAAGAAAUGGAAAAAUUGUUUAACUGAGGAAUUCCCACUGUGGAUGGAUCAAGACUAUCAUGACCUCACUUCCUACUCAGCACUGCCCUCAUGUGCCUUGAUGCCGCUUCACUAAUUUGGGGCAGGAAUUUUAAAAAUGUUUAAAAAAUAUGUUAUGUUUAUAUAUGUAGAUUUGAACUGGUAGGAAGCAUGUUAAUUUCAAGAUUUUAAAAUCUAUUAUGGAACUCUUAACAUUGUUAAUAAAGUAUCCUCUGCAUCUGUUUCUUUAGAUUGUAAAUGUGUUGUGUUGUCAUUUGUAUUAAUGUUGUAAAUUAGUUGUAUUUAUGCAAUGUAUGCUAUAAUUAUUAAUUAUGUAACAUUUCUGUUAUGAUCUUGUGCUCAUUAUCCAUAAAUCCCAAUUAAAGCUUUGA